CACACAUUCCAAAUAUCCACCAUGUCAACCCUCUCAAGACCAACUCUGUGUAGAAAUGAGUCGAUGCAGAAAUAUCUGCUGCUCACGGCUCAAAAGGAAGCACUGCAACGCCGCGUUGCUCUCCAACUUCCCUUCGGCGCACCGAGGGAACCUUCAUCUCCCGAGUUCCAGUCCCUAUCAUCCUCACCCGACUGGUCACCCAAAUACACCACACCCUACCCUGUCGCUACCGAGCCUCUGCCUACUACUACUGUACGGUCUUCGCGGUCGAGCAUGGAUGACAUGCACAUGGACGAGUCACACAAGCUUGCCGAGAUCAACCAGCAAAUCAUCGCAACGUUGACCGAGCUCCUCAACACCGAGUCGAUACGCUCGGACGAGAAGAGUCGUGCCUGGAUCCAGGAGAAGCUUAUGGAGGCCGAACACCAGAUUCGACGACAGAGACGUCGUCAUUCGUCGAAUUCUGAGCGCGACUUUGCUUCUGCAAUCGCCCAUCACCUCGAGCUGGAUCUCAACGCUUCCAAGACUUGGGCUUAGACAUAUCACUUUGACCUUUGUCUCUGAGAUUGUUUUACUUUCACGUUCACGAUGGCAUGGCAUGUUCGUUUGGCGCAGGUUGGGAAUGGCGCAAUGGUCCUGAUAUGACGAGAUCAAAUUCAGAAAAAGAUACCCGAUGCAUAGCAUCAUACUAGCGUAGCACUUUGCUCUCACAAGUAAAUCCAUUUUUUCACUCCA